GUCCUUUGGCUGCUUGGCUACUACCUGCCUACUACUGGUAUCUAUCUAGCUUUCAAGAAUCUCAUACAUUCUACAAACUGAAUACCUACUACAUACCAAUCUUCGACUUCUAUCAUUAUUCCCACACAAACAAUCUCCACCAUCUCUUCUCCUUUCUCACCUCAACCCAGACAACACAGAUCCUUCCCAAAAUGAGUAUCGGCAAGAUCAUCGGGAAAAUCAUAAUUAUCCCCAUUAUCAUCAUCAUUGCCAUCUGCGUCGGCAUCUACCUCCUCAUCAAGCACCGUCGCGAACGCAAGCGCGAACGCCGCGAAGAUAACCUCCGCGCCCAGUACUACCGGCAACAGUACCAGCAGCAGUACAUGUAUCCACAUAUGCAAAUGCAAUCACAACACCAGCAGCACCAGCAGCCGGGCACACCGGCCCCGCCAUACUAUAAUCAGGCUUAUGCUGCGGGACAGCAGCCUGUGGCGAUGAAUGAAGGGGAGUAUGGAUAUUCUGAGACGAUGAUGAAGAAGCCGGAGCCGGUGGUGUAUCCGGUGCAGCAGCAGCAUCCGGGAUCGGAGGUGGUUUAGUUCGGCUUGAGAUGGGCUGGAUGUGAGUUUGAUGUCUUUCGGAAUGAGUGUCUUGGUGUAUGAAUGGGCGUGCUAAUGUUUGUUAGGG